ACAUCCUGAGGGCGGUUGGAAACGGUGGAGCCGGAAGUGAUUUCUGCUCAUGACCGGCGAGUGGAUCCGGUUGGUGAUCUCAGCUGACUGCUCCGAAAUGGAAGAAUGGAACCGGGAGGAUGCACAGCUGCUGCAGAACGGGGAGCGCAGGAGGAAAGUACCAGCUUGGUGCUCAGCUCGAUAUAACCUAGCGAUUUUGGCCUUUUGGGGAUUUUUUGUUGUUUAUGCACUACGUGUAAAUCUCAGUGUGGCAAUGGUUGAGAUGUUGGAUGAUAAUGCAACUGUGCCCAAGAAUGACAGUGUCGAGGCAUGUCCACCACACAGCAAUGUUACUCACCAAAAUAAUGGGAAAAAGGGCAAAGUAUAUGACUGGAAUUCGGAUACACAGGGAUGGAUCCUUAGUGCUUUCUUCUAUGGUUACAUAGUUACUCAGAUUCCUGGUGGAUAUCUGGCUGGUAAAUUUGGAGGGAAGCUGCUGCUUGGAUUUGGUAUACUGGGCACUUCAGGUUUAACACUGUUGACUCCACCGGUGGCUGAACUGGGCCCCUACUAUGUCAUUGUACUGAGGAUUAUUGAAGGUCUGGGAGAGGGUGUAACCUUCCCUGCUAUGCAUGCAAUGUGGGCUGAAUGGGCACCUCCUUUAGAAAGGAGCACGCUUCUCAGUUUAUCGUAUGCAGGUGCCCAAUUUGGAACUGUUGUUUCACUUCCAUUAUCUGGAAUAAUUUGCUAUUACUUGGAUUGGUCAUAUGUUUUCUACAUCUUUGGUGCACUGGGGGUCUCCUGGUGUCUGCUAUGGUUCUGGCUGGCAAGUGACACACCAGAAAGCCACAGAACAAUAUCUAAUGCUGAGCAAGACUAUAUAAUAUCUUCUCUUCGUGGCCAGCAUUCUUUUAAGAAAAAUGUACCAUGGCAGUCUAUAUGGAAAUCUUUGCCACUCUGGGCUAUAAUUGUUUCUCACUUUUGCUACAAUUGGACCUUUUAUACGUUAUUAACACUGCUUCCAACCUACAUGGAAGAAAUUUUACAAUUUGACAUUAAAGAGAAUGGACUUUUAUCAGCACUACCAUAUCUCUUCUGUUGGAUAUUGAUGAUCAGUGCCGGAACGAUUGCUGAUUACUUGAUCAAAAAACAGAACUGGACUGUAUCUACUGUUCGGAAACUAUGCACUUUAAUAGGUAUGAUUGGGCCUGCAGUGUCUCUGGUUGCUGCUGGAUAUAUAGGCUGUAAUUAUGAAGUGGCUGUAUUGUUUUUAACAAUAUCCUCUGCGUUAGGAGGCUUCAGUAUAUCUGGAUUCAACAUUAAUCAUUUGGAUAUUGCUCCAUCAUAUGCAGGAAUCUUACUUGGGAUCACCAACACAUUUGCCACAAUUCCUGGAAUGGUAGGACCAGUUAUUGCCAAAGGCUUGACAUACAAUCAUACACUUGCAGAAUGGAGAAGUGUGUUUUACAUUGCUGCCAGUAUUGAUGUAUUUGGUGCACUGUUUUUCACCAUUUUUGGGAAAGGUACAGUCCAAUCCUGGGCAAUUGAUCACUGAAUAUUUCUUUGUAACCUUGCAAUCCUAGACAACUGAUCAAUGUUUCUCAUGUGACCUAAAUGUAUGUUUAAUUUUGAUCAUGUAUCCUAAGUUACUUUCCUACAAACUUUAUUUCAUAACAAACUGAAACAAUACAAAUACUAAAUCGAGCAUGUCGGAUACAUUCCAGCCCCUGCUGUGCCCUUUAGGCGUGAAAGACCUGAAUCUUAAUGCCAGAUCCUGUGCAUUCAGUCUCUUUUCUCUAGUAACUUGAGCUUGAACAGAGCAGCAAAGGAGAGGUAGUUAAUUUGGAAAGAAGCACCUCUGACUGACUGCUGUCUGGACCUGUUCAUACCUGUUGUUUUGACUGAACCUAGACCUGGUUAAUGAGGUCCCUCAAAUAGACAACAGAACCAGUUUCAACUUCCUCUGCAUAAGGUGCUAAAAGACCAGGAGUAUUGGACUAAAGUGAAUUUAAACCUGAGCAACUUUUCAAAUACUGAAAGGACAGCAGUCUCUUGCAUUGUUUGAAAAAUCUGGACCGCAGAAAAUACAGCUAGCCAGGAGAUCUUGAACUAACUUGAAAAUCUAUUGAAAUCAACUGAAAGGAAACCACUCUCCUUCCAUAAAGAACGGAGCAGAUCCCCUCCCGGGAAUUCUUAACCCCUCAUUUCCAGGAGACAAUUUCGUUGUGGUUGACGAUCUCCCAAUGUGGUUUAGGGACUUGGGUCUAAGAGAAUUCAUGAUCCCUCCAUUAAACACGUCCAUUGAUGGACAUUCUAAAUGCAUCGGCCACGAGGCUUUUUGUGGUUCCAAUUUCUACUUUACCAUCCAGUACAUCUCUGGUUCUAGUAACCACCAGACUGCCCUCUGCCAAUGAGAAGGAACAAUGGCUGAAGGCAACCAAUAGCAGACUCUUAAUUCAAUAUCAUUAAUCAUCAGUUAGUCCUAUCAAGAAGCAGAGCUAACAAUUGCUGAAGGGAGCUGUGUUGACUUCUGGCAGAGAAAACAUGUUAUCAGCAAGGAUCACAUGAAGAUGUGCUUUGUGUGAGUAAAUUUGCAUCGUCCAAAGGUGAGGAGUUACAGCAUGGACAGAAUUACAUGGGGAUAGAUAGUGUUCCUCAGUGGAAAGUCUGAACUACGUCUUAGACAUGAUACUCCCUACUGUUCUAAAAGUCAUUGAACUUCCUCAGUCCGUCCAACCGCUUUUGUUGCCUAUGUAUAAAAUGUCCAACCAGCAUCACAGGAUCAAGGCCAGCAGUUGAUUUAUGAUGAGUGAUUGGUUGUAUUGUUAAUUUACCAUAUGACUUGUAUUCUUUGUCUUCCACAAUGCUGAGUAUCCUUUGUUACUACUAAUAAUGGUUACCGGUUAAUCUAUUUGUCCUUUUCCUGCCUAAUCCAGGGAUUCUGAAGCUAUUCAGAAAGAAAAAUGACCAAAGCACUUUCACAUGUUUUUGUUAUGCAAAUUUUAAAUGUUUGAAAAAAUUUGUAUCCACAAAUUCUAAAAGAUCUG